GUUGUUAUUUUAGUUUUCAUCUCUUAUGAACAUGAAGCCAUAGCACAAUAUGUACCACCUUAUACUUCCAUAGUUGUUCCAAUAACCAAACAUACUGAUGCUGCAAAGCCUCUAUAUAGCGUUCAGAUCAUGACAACAUACGUAAAUUCGGAGUUUUUGCACACAAACUUGCUUAUAGACAUCGAUGCUCCAUUCACAUGGAACGACUGCACCGUGCAGUGGAACAUAUAUCCUGGUAGUUGUCCAAGCAACACACUUUGCACAUCUCCGGUUUCUUGUGAAGAAUAUCAAUGCACGGAUGUGAGAACUACUUACUCAUACGAGCAUAAUCCUCCCUGUCCUCCGGUAACCAACAGUUCCACAUUGCCUGGUUGGGGAUUUUGUACAUGCCCGGUCAAUGUGGUGAACCCGGUUACCGGAUCCUGUGAUGAAGCACUGCUCAACUAUGAGGAAUUCACAGUGAACACAAGCAACGGUAGAAAUGUUUUCACUGGUUUUUUAUUGGUUACUACUAAUUCAGCAUGUGUUCCUUCUUCUUCACUUGAAUCAUUCCCAGAAAAUGUUACUGGAGUCAUGGCCUUUUCGUCCUCUUCUUAUGCAUUACAACGUUAUUUAGUUGAACCCCUUAAAAACUCACUAGCCAUAUGUUUGCCAAGCAAUUCGUCUGCUCCUGGAGUUCUUUUCUUCGGUUCUGGUCCUUAUUACCUUCUUCCCAACUCGGGUGUUGAUGUUAGGAGUUUACUUUCGUAUACUCCGUUACUAAAGCAUCCAGACUCUCUUGGAUACUAUAUUGGUGUCAAGGCCAUUGUUAUUAAAAACAAAUCUAUUGGCAUCACUGGGAGUUUCUCUACUAAACUUAGUACACUUGAGCCUUACACCAUCCUUAGAACGGAUAUUUAUAAGCGUGUGAUUUGGGCGUUUUCGGUUGCAACAAUAGGAAUCCCUCUUGCAAGACCAGUUUCUCCUUUUGGCCUUUGUUACAAGGCCAUUGGCACCCAUGCUGGCUUAAAGUUUCCAAAUAUUGAUUUCAGUCUUGAAGAUGGGAAGAAGUGGACUGUAGACAUGGCUAACUCCAUAAAACAAAUAACAAAAGACGUGGCAUGCCUGGCGUUUGUUGACGGUGGGGCGACAGCUGAACACGCGAUUGUGAUCGGGACAUAUCAGUUCGAGGAUAACUUUCUGGUCUUUGAUUUGGAGAAUUCGACUUUUGGUUUUAGUUCUUCGCUGUUGCAUCAGAAAACAUCUUGUUCCAACUUCAACUUUACUGUUACCGAUGACAAUUGAAGCUAUAUCUAUAAGCAUACAGCUGGACAUGUAUGUUAAACGUAAUUCAAACUAAAUAUGGGUGAUGGAGUCGGUUCAGGAGCUUUGAAUAAACAUUGGGUCAGGUCGUAUUAUUAAUGU